UGACCAAAAUGCAAAACAAGCUGUUAUUUUUCUACUGUUUCAUUGGUUUCUGCUUUAUUUUUGCCAAUGCAGAUUCAUUUCUUCCAAAUGUAGAGUUAUCAGCAUUGUUAUCAAUAAAAUCUAGAUUGAUUGAUCCUUUGAAUCACCUCAAGGACUGGAAAAACCCGACCGACGAGCUUAAAGAUCACUCGCCACAUUGCAACUGGACCGGGAUUUCUUGUAACUCGACGGGCUUAGUCGAGAAGCUAGAUCUGUCCAACAUGAAUCUCAGUGGCAUUGUUUCAGACAGCAUUCAAGAUUUAAGGAGCCUGUCCAUUCUUAACAUCUGUUGUAAUAAUUUUGCCUCGUCGUUGCCUAAGUCAUUAGCCAAUCUGACUUCUUUGAAGAUCAUUGAUGCAAGUCUUAACAAUCUUGUUGGAAAAUUUCCAAUAGGCCUUGGAAUGAUUCCAGGGUUGAUAAGCAUCAAUGCAUCAAGCAAUAAUUUCGAGGGCUUGCUCCCGGAUGACAUUGGGAAUUCGACCUCACUUGAAAGCCUGGAUUUCAGAGGUAGUUUCUUUGAAGGUUCAAUUCCAUCGUCAUUCGGAAAUUUGAAGAAGUUAAAGUUUUUAGGCCUUUCUGGUAAUAAUCUUACGGGAAGGCUUCCGACUGAGCUUGGUCAGUUAUCUUCUUUAGAGACGAUUAUUUUGGGAUACAAUCAGUUUGAAGGCUCUAUUCCAGGAGAGUUUGGUAAUCUCACUAGCCUUCAGUAUCUGGAUUUGGCUGUUGGUACAUUGAGUGGACAAAUUCCAGGAGAAUUAGGCCAACUGAAGAACUUAACCACAGUUUAUCUGUAUCAGAACCGUUUCUAUGGAAAGAUUCCACGUGAAAUUGGAAAAAUAAAUUCUCUAAUCUAUUUGGAUUUAUCUGAUAACCAAAUUUCUGGCGAAAUUCCAUAUGAAAUUGCUGAACUGAAGAAUCUGCAGUUGCUGAACCUCAUGUGCAAUAAUCUGACAGGGCAUGUUCCCGAAAAGUUCGGAGAAUUGGUAAAACUUGAGGUACUCGAGCUUUGGAAAAACUCGUUGACAGGCCCUUUACCCGAAAAUCUUGGAAAAAACUCUCCUUUGCGGUGGUUAGAUGUUUCAUCAAAUUCGUUGUCGGGUGAGAUUCCAUUAGGUUUGUGUGAUUCAGGCAAUCUCACUAAACUUAUUCUUUUCAAUAAUUCCUUCUUAGGUUCAAUCCCAAUAGGCCUGUCAAAUUGUUCUUCUUUGGUUCGUGUUCGAAUUCAAAACAAUCUUAUUUCAGGGUCAAUCCCAACUGGGCUUGGAAAUCUUCCAAAACUUCAAAGACUAGAAUUGGCCAAUAACAAUCUCACUGGUGAAAUUCCUGAAGAUUUUACACUGUCGACUUCCCUUUCAUUUAUCGAUGUUUCUAGGAAUCACCUCGUCUCAUCAUUACCUUCCAGCAUUCUUUCCAUCCCAAAACUUCAGACGUUCAUUGCCUCCAGCAACAAUCUUGAAGGAAAAAUCCCAGAUCAGUUUCAGGACUGUCCAUCACUUUAUGUGCUAGAUCUUUCCAAUAACCAUUUUUCAGGACAAAUUCCCCGAAGUAUAGCUUCAUGUGAAAAACUAGUGACUUUGAAUCUCAGAAACAAUCAAUUCACUGGAGAAAUCCCGAAAACCAUUGCCACAAUGCCAACAUUAGCCAUUCUGGAUUUGUCUAACAAUUCUCUAGUUGGAAGAAUACCACAGAAUUUUGGUAGUUCACCAGCUCUUGAGUCCUUCAAUGUGUCCUACAACAAGCUCGAGGGUCCUGUUCCAAACAACGGUAUCUUAAUCACCAUUAACCCCAAUGAUCUUGUAGGCAAUGCUGGUCUAUGCGGGGGGAUACUUCCCCCAUGUUUUCAAAGUAUCAUCCACACAACACGGGAAAAGAAAGUUUGGAUAAAUCACAUUGUUGUAGGAUUUCUUGUUGGGAUAUCAGUAAUUUUGGCUGUAGGCAUGUUGGUUUUCACAGGGCGAUGGCUGUAUAAACGAUGGUAUUUGUACGAAAAUUGCUUCAACAAUUUGUUUAAGAAGAACAAUUCAGAAUGGCCAUGGAGGCUCGUAGCCUUUCAGAGACUUCAUUUCACUAGUUCUGACAUUCUGGCUUGUCUGAAGGAAUCAAAUGUGAUAGGCAUUGGUGGGACAGGAAUUGUGUACAAGGCUGAAACUCAUCGUCCACACAACGUUGUUGCCGUGAAAAAGUUAUGGAGGUCGGAAACAGAUAUUGAAACCGGGGACAACCUCUUUGCAGAGGUGGAACUCCUAGGGAAACUUAGGCAUAGGAACAUAGUGAGAUUAUUUGGUUAUCUACACAAUGAGACUGAUGUUAUGAUGGUGUGUGAAUUCAUGCCUAAUGGAAAUCUUGGUGCAGCAUUGCACGGAAAAGAGGCUGGACAAAUAUUGGUAGAUUGGCUGUCGAGGUACAACAUUGCCCUCGGCGUUGCACAAGGGCUUGCAUAUCUCCACCACGAUUGCCACCCUCCGGUUAUCCACCGGGAUAUCAAGUCGAACAACAUUUUGCUCGACUCCGAUUUUGAAGCACGGAUCGCUGACUUCGGCUUGGCAAGGACAAUGCUUCACAAGAAUGAGACAGUAUCAAUGGUGGCUGGAUCAUAUGGAUACAUAGCACCAGAAUACGGAUACGCAUUAAAGGUUGAUGAAAAAAGUGACAUAUACAGUUUCGGCGUGGUGCUUCUGGAGCUUCUAACAGGGAAAAUGCCUCUGGAUCCCACAUUUGGUGAAUCAAUUGAUAUCGUCGAAUGGGUUCGACAAAAGGGAAACAAGAAAACCUUAAAGGAAGCAUUGGAUCCUGAGAUUGUUGGACAAUGUAAAUAUGUUGAAGAGGAAAUGCUUCUUGUCCUAAAAAUUUCACUUCUUUGCACUGCCAAACUCCCAAAGGACAGGCCAUCGAUGAGGGACAUUAUAACAAUGCUUGGAGAGGCAAAGCCAAGAAGAAAAAGCAUUUCCCAUAAUUGGGGAUUCACUGCCAACAAAGAGAAAAUAAUAUUCGCACAUUCACCAGUUAUAAGCCUUUUAUAGUAUAGCUGAAAUUUUACUUGAUUUCACUUUUUGAAGUUUGAUUUGUAUUCUUAUACGUAAAUGGCCUGUUUGUUUAA